AUGAAGGUCUCCAAGUAUAUGCACAAGCCACCGCGCUAUGUCACCGCCAGUAUCAUGUGCUCCUUUGGGGGCUUUCUCUUCGGCAUCGACACUGGCAUCAUUGGACCCGUUACAGUUAUGAAAGAUUUUCAGCAAUCCGUCGGCGACUCUUCCCCGACAAUCCAUGGGUUAAUUGUCUCUUCAAUACUUAUACCUGCCGCAAUAUCCUCUUUCUUCGCCGGUAGACUUGCAGACGCCUUAGGCCGACAACGAGGAAUUGCCAUCGGCUCCCUGAUCUUUGCCAUAGGAUCCGCUCUCGAAGCUGCCUCUAUGCACAUUGGCAUGUUCAUUACCGGCCGAAUUAUCGAGGGUAUUGGCGAGGGUCUCUACAUGGGAACGUAUAUCUGCGAGAUCUCACCUCCCAGAUAUCGCGGUGCUCUCACUUCUGGGCCCCAACUCCUCACCACCUUAGGUCUCAUGGUUGGGUUCUUCACAUGUUAUGGCACUGCCAACGUGGAAUCGUCAAUGUCGUGGCGUCUACCAUUCGUUCUGCUGUCGGCCUACUCCUUCGUAUUUACCGCCAUAUCUCUUCUCCUACUCCCACCUUCGCCUCGCUGGCUUGUUCUGCGUGGGAGAACCAGCGAAUCUGCAAGUGCGUGGGAAAACCUCGAUGUCCAGGCAGCCGACCGAGAGAAGAUCCUGGGUCAAUACGACAUGGCUGUGGCCGAGGUUAUCAGUGUUCCGAAUGAUUCUGUUGUCGCGGCCAACACGGGCCACCGCAGUCGGAAUGGUGCGCGAGCGGAACCGUCCAAAUCGAAGAAAUCGCAGCUGCUCGAUGUUCUCUCCGCCGAGUCACGACCUCGACUCUUCUUAGCCAUGUUUCUCAUGGGAAUGCAGCAACUGAGCGGUAUCGACGGUUAUGCACCCUUGCUCUUCCAACAAGCCGGCCUCAGCUCGCAACAAUCGACAUUCUUUGCCUCUGGUGUCUCGGCCAUCGUGAUAUUCGCCGUCACUAUCCCUGCGAUCAUUUGGGCCGACAGUUGGGGACGACGAACUAACACCAUCAUUGGCGGCGUUGGGAUGGCAUGCACAAUGUUCCUCAUGGGUGGUCUGUACGCCGGCGAUGCCGUGCACGCGGACACGGGAGCAGGCCGGUGGGUCGUUAUCGUAUCGAUUUACAUUUUCACGGUCUUGUACUGCGUCUCAUGGGCUGUGGGUAUGAAGCUUUAUGCGGCCGAGAUCCAGCCACAGAAGACACGAGCCAGCGCAACGAACAUCGCGCAUGGAAGCAACUGGCUGGCCAACUUCCUCGUUGCUCUCGUCACGCCGACGCUGUUGGCCAAGUCGAGCUACGGCGCGUACUUCAUGUUCGGGGGCUGUCUCAUCCUCACGGCCGCCGUUUGCUGCGUGUUCAUGCCGGAGACACGGGGAAGGACCCUGGAUGAGAUCGACGAGGCUUUCCAGGGGAGCCACCUAAGCGUGCUGAAGGGGUCAAUGAAGACGGUGCGGAAGAUGGUUUCGCGGAGAAUGCCGACUGUAGUAGAAGCUUCAUAA